GGGCCGGGCCGGCCCAGAAUAUGGUCCACCUGUCAGUUAGUGCUAGGGUUCUACUUCGCCGCCGCCGCCCGCCGGCUUCUCUCUCUCACACCAGCCGAGUCCAGAGUUCAGACUCGAGAGACAACACCAUAUCCGAUUCCCUUCCCCGAUCCCCUCCCCUGUUGCCGCCGGCUCGAACACGCCCAGGUCCCUCCAGACCCAGGAGGUAUGCCUCGCUCUGAUGAUCGUUAUGGAAACACACGCUUGUAUGUUGGAAGAUUAUCCUCUCGUACUCGUUCUCGCGACCUAGAAUAUCUGUUCAGUAGAUAUGGAAGGUCUGUGGUGGAAGAGUGGCCUUGGUGGAUUUGGUGUCCAUUGCUCCAAAGUUUGUGGAGGACAUUGGUGAAGGGUGCCCUUACUAGAAUACGAGAAGUGGAGUUGAAGCGGGACUAUGCGUUUAUUGAAUUCAGUGAGCCUCGUGAUGCUGAUGACGCGCAAUACAACCUUGAUGGCAGGGAUGUUGACGGGAGCCGUAUUACUGUUGAGUUUGCUAGAGGGGUUCCACGUGGUCCAGGUAGCUCACGUGAGUCUUUGGGAAGAGGGCCUCCACCAGGAACAGGUCGUUGUUUUAACUGUGGUAUUGAUGGUCACUGGGCAAGAGACUGCAAGGCUGGAGACUGGAAGAACAAAUGCUACCGUUGUGGAGAAAGGGGCCAUAUAGAAAGGAAUUGCCAGAAUAGUCCAAGGAGUCUCAGGCGUGAGAGAAGUUAUUCACGGUCCCCAUCUCCACGCCGUGGACGUGGCCGCAGUCGGAGCUACAGCAGAAGCCGGAGCCAGAGCUACAGCCGAUCAAGAUCCAAAUCCCUGUCUGGAUCUCCCAGGGGAGGCCGCCGAGACCGUGAUGAGAAGAGAUCAAGGAGUCUUAGCUACAGCAGGAGCCCCAGGCGCUCUGUCUCGCCACCAGGAAAGGAAAAGGAGCGCAGCCCCACACCUGAUGGAAGUCGGAGCCCGAGGAUUCCCAGCCCCCAGGAUCGGGUGAGCCCGCCACCGAAGGAUAAUGAUGAGCACAAUGGUUCGGACCAUGGUGACAGCCCUCGUGGCAGGGAGGACAGCAGAAGCAGGAGCCGAAGCCCAUCUGAUGGGGGCCAUAGCCCUGCUGCCAAUGGGCGCAGCCCAAGCCCUAGGGAUAAACGUAGUGCAAGCCCCAUGGACAAUGGCAACGGUGAUGAUGACCAUCGCCGUGGCUCAUCAAGAGGCAGUGCGUCCCCGUGAAAAAUCUUGAACCCCAUCACAGUUUGUGACGCAUAUGAUGCAGUGCAGUGCGCUGAUUUGGCUGUAAUGGUUAUAUUUUCAGUAAGACGGGACAAACUGUAUUUGCACCUUUUUUCGAACGAGGCUUAUUUUUUAUGUGCUUUCUAGCAAGAAACCUGUAAGGAUCUGUUGCCCUCGGGCUAUGAGUGAUGUGUAACGGAGAUAAUUUAACUUGUUAUUUAUUAGCAUGCGGCCAUGCGGAACUGAAUAAGGGAGUAGUUGCAUGGUGUA